CCACAACUGAGCCUUCUACUACAUCAGCUUCGACAACAACAGAAUCAACAACCACACUUCCCUCAACAACAGCGCCAACAUCUUCAGAAACAACGACUACAGCUGAAACAAACACUACACCAUCUACAACCACAACGGGAACCUUCCACUACAACAUCAACAUCAACAACAUCAGAGGUAACAACACUUGCUUCGACAACAGUCACGACAUCUUCAGGAACAACAACUGCAGCUGAAACAACAACUACAGCAUCCGCAACCACAACAGAUCCUUCCACUUCUACAUCAGCAUCAACAACAACAGAGGCACCAACAACAACACUUCCUUCAACAACAACAGCCCAAACAUCUUCAGUAACAACAACUGCAGCUGAAACAACAACAGAGACACUAACAACAACACUUCCUUUAACAUCAACAUCUUCAGGAACAACUACUGCUGAAACAACAACUAAACCAUCUACAACCACAAUUGAACCUUCCACUACUACAUCAGCAUCAACAACAACAGAGGCAAGAAUGCUUACUUCAACAACAGCGCCAACAUCAUCAGAAACAACAACUGCAGCUGAAACAACAACUACAUCAUCUAUAACCACAACUGAGCCUUCUACUACAUCAGCUUCAACAACAACAGAAACACCAACAACAACACUUCCUUUGACAUCAACACCCACAUCUUCAGGAACAACUACACCAUCUACAACCACAACAGAAAGUUCAACUACUACAUCAGCUUCAACAACAACAGAGGCACCAUCUACACCCACAUCUUCAGGAACAACCACAGCUGAAACAACAACUACACCAUCUACAACCACAAAUGAACCUUCUACUACAACAUCAACAACAACAGAGGCAACAACAACACUUACUUCAACAACAGUCCCUACAUCUUCAGGAACAACAAAUGGAGCUGAAACAACAACUACACCAUCUAUAACCACAACUGAGCCUUCUAUAUCAGCUUCAACAACAAAAGAGGCACCAACAACAACACUUUCUUCAACAUCAACACCCACAUCUUCAGAAACAACUACAGCUGAAACAACAACUACACCAUCUCCAACCACAACUGACUAUUCUACUACAUCAGCUUCAACAACAACACUUCCUUUAACAUCAACAUCUUCAGGAACAACUACUGCUGAAACAACAACUACACCAUCUACAACCACAAUUGAACCUUCCACUACAACACCAGCUUCAACAACAACAGAGGCAACAACACUUCCUUCAACAAUAGCCCCUACAUCUUCAGGAACAACAACUGCCACUGAAACAACACCUACACCAUCUACUACCACAAUUGAACCUUCCACUACUACACCAGCUUCAACAACCACAAAGGCAACAACACUUACUUCAACAACAGCGCCAACAUCAUCAGAAACAACAACUACACCAUCUAUAACCACAACUGACCCUUCUACUAAAUCAGCUUCAACAACAACAGAAACACCAACAACAACACUUCCCUUAACAUCAACACCCACAUCUUCAGGAACAACCACACCCUCUACAACUAUAACAGAAAGUUCAACUACUACAUCAGCAUCAAUAACAACAGAGGCGACAACACUUCCUUCAACAACAGUCGCUACAUCUUCAGGAACAACAACUGCAGUUGAAAUAACAACUACACCAUCUACAACCACAAUUGAACCUUCCACUAGUACACCAGCUUCAACAACAGAAGCAACAACAACAGUCCCUACAUCUUCAGUAACAACAACUGCAGCUGAAACAACAACUACAUCAUCUAUAACCACAACUGAAAGCUCAACUACUACAUCAGCUUCAACAACAACAGAGGCACCAACAACAGCACUUCCUUCAACAUCAACACAGACAUCUUCAGGAACAACUACAGCUGAAACAACAACCAUACCAUCUACAACCACAAAUGAACCUUUUACUACAUCAGCUUUAACAACAACAGAGGCAACAACACUUGCUUCAACAACAGUCUCUACAUCUUCAGGAACAACAGCUGCAGCUGAAACAACAACCACACCAUCUAUAACCACAACUGAGCCUUCUACUACAUCAGCUUCAACAACAACACAUGCUUUAACAUCAGUGCCAACUUCUUUAGGAACAACAACUGCAGUUGAAACAAAAACUACACCAUCUACAACCACAACCGAAGCUUCCACUACUACAUCAGCAUCAACAACAACAGAGGCAACUACAACACAUGUUUCCACAACUGUGUCAACAUCUUUAGAAACAACUGCAGCUGAAACAACGACAGCACCAUCUACAACCACAACUAAACCAUCCACUGCUACAUCAGCUUUAGCAACAACAGAGGCAACAACAACACUUGCUUCGACAACAGUGCCAACUUCUUCUGGAACGACUGCAGCUGAAACAGCAACCACACCAUCUCCAACCACACCCAAAGUUUUCACUACAACACCAGCUUCAACAACAACAGAGGUAACCACAACACUUGCUUCAGCAACAGUGCCAACUACUUCAGGGACAGCAGCUGCAGCUGAAACAACAACUGAACCUUCCACUUCUACAUCAGCUUCAACAACAACACUUGCUUCAACAACUGUGCUAACAUCUUUAGGAACAACUGCAGCUGAAACAACAACUACAUCAUCCACAACCCCAACUCUUUCUUACACUACUACAUCAGCAUCAACAACAACAGAGGCAACAACAACACUUGCUUCAACUACAGUGCCAACUACUUCAGAAACAACAACUACGCCCUCUACAACCACAGCUGAGCCUCCCACUACCACAACACCUUUAACAUCAACGGAAGCAACAACAACACUUGCUUCAACAACUGUGCCAACAUCAUCAAGAACAACUGCAAUUGAAACAACAACUACACCAUUUACAACCACAUCUGAACCUUCAACUACCACAUCAGUUUCAAUAACAACAGAGGCAACGACAGCACAUGUUUCCACAAUGGUGUCUUUAGGAACAACGGCAGCUGAAAUAAUAGCUACAGCAUCUACAAACACAACUCAUCUUUCUACUACAACAGUGCCAGCUACUUCAGGAACAACUACUGCUGCUGAAACAACAACUACACCAUUUACAACCACAGCAGAGCCUUCCACAACUACAUCAGCAUCAACAACAACAGAAGCAACAACUACAUCAGCUUCAACAACUGUGCCAACAUCUUCAGUAACAACAACUGCAGCUGAAACAACAACUACACCAUCUACAACCCUAACUCAUCCUUCCACUACUACAUCAGCAUCAACAACAACCGAGACAACAACAACAACAACACUUGCUUCAACAACAGCGCCAACUACUUCAGGAACAACAACUGUAACUGAAACAACAAUUACAUCAUCCACAAUCCCAACUCAUCCUUCCACAUCUACAUUGGCUUCAACAACAGAGGCAACAACAACACUUGUUUCAACAACUGUGCCAACUACUUCAGGAACAACAAUUGCAGCUGAAACAACAACUACACCAUUUACAACCACAACUGAGCCCUCCACUACUACAUCAGCUUCAACAACAACCAAGACAACAUCAACAGUGCCAACUACUUCAGGAACAACAACUGCAGCUGAAACAACAAUUACAUCAUCCACAACCCCAACUCAUCCUUCUACUACUACAUUGGCUUUAGCAACAGAGGCAACAACACUUACUUCAACAACUGUGCCAACUACUUUAAGAAUAACAACUGCUGCUGAAACAACAACUACGCCAUUUACAACCACAACUGAGCCUUCCACUACUACAUCAGCUUUAACGACAACAUUUGCUUCAACAUCUUUGCCCACUACUUCAGGAACAACAAGUGCAGCUGAAACAACAACUACAUCUUCCACAACCCCAACUCAUCCUUCUACUACUACAUUGGCUUCAACAACAUCACUUGCUUCAACAACUGUGCCAACAUCUUCAGGAUCAACAACUGCAGCUGAAACAACAACUACAUCAUCUACAACCUCAACUCAUCCUUCCACUACUACAUCAGCUUCAACAACAACUGAGACAACAACAACACUUGCUUCAACAACUGUGCCAACAUCUUCAGGAACAACAACUGCCGCUGAAACAACAACUACAUCAUCCACAACCCCAACUCAUCCUUCAACUACUACAUCAGCAACAACUCUUGCUUCAACAAUAGUGCCAACAUCCUCAGGAACAACAACUGCAGCUGGAACAACAACUAAACCAUCUACAAACCCAACUGAGCCUUUCACAACUACAUCGGCAACAACAACACUUGCUUCAACAACAGUCCCAACGUCUUCAAGCACAAGCCUAACUGCAACUCAAACAACAUCCACAGUUCAAGCAACUUCUGAAAAUAUGUUACCCACAACCCUAGCUGUUACCAGCACAUCUCCUGCUGGUAAUUCAUUUUCAACUACAAUCAAAACCACUUCCAGUCCAACAACAGGGGCAAACAUGCAUCCUGAAUCUACAACUACAUCAACAACUACAACAGGAAUUUUAACAGGUCUCACCAAUACAGUUGAAUUUCCAAUAGUGAUUCCAGUAACAGCAGCUACAGUAGGUCAGAAUGCAAAUAUGUCAAAUUUAGAAACAUCCACACUAUCUACAAUUCCAAGUCAAACAUCAAUUAAAACAACACCAGCAGAGAUUCUAACAAGCAGUGCUACAUCUAUGAACGGUUCAACAACUAUUCAAUCAGAUGUUUCAGGCAUACCUAAAGCACUCACAACAAAUGUGACUGGUAGUGCAACAGUCACAACCAAGCUGGUAUUCUCAUCCUUGUCUUCAGUGCCCCAGGAAAAUCAAAUUCUUGGUGCAAUCAGCACUCUCCUGAACUCUAGAAUGUCACACCUCAAUGAAUCUCUGACGAUUGUCAAUGUUACCUAUCAGAACAUCUCUAAAACUGCUUAUGUUGUCAUCUUGAAUAUUAACUUAAAUAAUAUCAACAUGUCUGAGGAUCCUCAGCAGAGAAACAGCACAUACCAAUAUGUCCAGGAUGUUGUCAAUAAUGCGCUGAAUACUCUUCUGAAUGAACCCACUAGUGCACCUUUGCAACCCAAAUCAUCAAACUUCACGAGCACAUUAAACCAAAUUAAUGGUUUUAUGGUUUACACCUUCCCGGAAGGAGAUGUUAUCCAACCAGUCAGCUUCCUGAAUGAGCUUCGUUCUCCAACAGAAUUGAUCACUACAACGGUGAUUCCUGAAUCAACAGUGUCGUUCACUUUGGCUCCUGUAAAACUAUUAUCUGGUUCAGCGGUGGUCACAAGCAUGCUUCUGUUCAACUCCUCAUCUCCAGUCCCCAGUGAAGCUCUGGUCCUCACUGCUGUCGACACUCUUCUUAACUCAAGAACACCCCAGCUCAAUCAAUCAGUGAAAAUUGUGAAUGUCACCUACGAGAAACUCUCAGACACCUCAUAUGCCAUCGUCUUUACAUUCGAUCUGCCCAAUAUCAGCAUUCCCGAAGACCCUGUACUCAAAAACAAGAGCUACAAUCAAGUGGAGAGUAAUGUCAACAAUGCACUGAAUACUCUUCUGAAUGAACCUACCAGUGCACCUUUACAACCCAAAUCAGCAAACUUCACGAGCACAUCUAACCAGAUUGUGGGCAUUAUGGGAUACACCUUCCAGGAUCAAGAUGUCAUCCAGCCAGUCAGCUUCCUAAAUGAACUUCGUUUACUGACAGUAGUGACAACUACACCGGCCAGUACUACCGUGACUUCAGCAAUCCCAAUAUCUGGAUUAGCGGUGGUCACAAGCAGGCUGUUGUUCAACUCCUCAUCUCCAGUCCCCAGUGAAGCUCUGGUCCUCACUGCUGUCGACACUCUUCUUAACUCAAGAACACCCCAGCUCAAUCAAUCAGUGAAAAUUGUGAAUGUCACCUACGAGAAACUCUCAGACACCUCAUAUGCCAUCGUCUUUACAUUCGAUCUGCCCAAUAUCAGCAUUCCCGAAGACCCUGUACUCAAAAACAAGAGCUACAAUCAAGUGGAGAGUAAUGUCAACAAUGCACUGAAUACUCUUAUGAAUGAACCUACCAGUGCACCUUUACAACCCAAAUCAGCAAACUUCACGAGCACAUCUAACCAGAUUGUGGGCAUUAUGGGAUACACCUUCCAGGAUCAAGAUGUCAUCCAGCCAGUCAGCUUCCUAAAUGAACUUCGUUUACUGACAGUAGUGACAACUACACCGGCCAGUACUACCGUGACUUCAGCAAUCCCAAUAUCUGGAUUAGCGGUGGUCACAAGCAGGCUGUUGUUCAACUCCUCAUCUCCAGUCCCCAGUGAAGCUCUGGUCCUCACUGCUGUCGACACUCUUCUUAACUCAAGAACACCCCAGCUCAAUCAAUCAGUGAAAAUUGUGAAUGUCACCUACGAGAAACUCUCAGACACCUCAUAUGCCAUCGUCUUUACAUUCGAUCUGCCCAAUAUCAGCAUUCCCGAAGACCCUGUACUCAAAAACAAGAGCUACAAUCAAGUGGAGAGUAAUGUCAACAAUGCACUGAAUACUCUUUUGAAUGAACCUACCAGUGCACCUUUACAACCCAAAACAGCAAAUUUCAAGAGCACAUCUAACCAGGUUGAUGGUAUUAUGGGAUACAUCUUUCAGGAUGAAGAUGUCAUCCAACCAGUCAGCUUCCUAAAUGAACUUCGAUCACAGACAGUAGUGACAACUACACCAGCCAGUUCUACAAUGACUCCUACAAUCCCAAUAUCUGGAUUAGCGGUGGUCACAAGCAGGCUGUUGUUCGACUCCUCAUCUCCAGUCCCCAGUGAAGCUCUGGUCCUCACUGCUGUCAACACUCUUCGUGACUCAAGAAAACCACAGUUGGAUCCAUCAGUGAAAAUUGUGAAUGUCACCUACGAGAAACUCUCAGACACCUCAUAUGCCAUCGUCUUUACAUUUAAUCUGCCCAAUAUCAGCAUUCCUGAAGACCCUGUACUCAAAAACAAGAGCUAUGAUCAAGUGGAGAAUAAUGUCAAUAAUGCACUGAAUAUUCUUCUGAAUGAACCGACCAGUGCACCUUUACAACCCAAAUCAGCAAACUUCAUGAGCACAUCUAACCAAGUUGAUGGCAUUGUGGAAUACACCUUCAAGGAUAAAGAUGUCAUCCAACCAGUCAGCUUUCUAAAUGAGCUUACUGUACAGACAGUUUUAACUACAACUAGCAGUUUGCCAUUAACCACAACUACUCCGCCAAUUUUGCUUGGCAAAGUGCUUAUAUACAUUCGCCUUGUGUUUGUAACACUGGGCCCCCUACCAGAUCAGGAUAAAAUUAUUAAGGUGGCUAACUCUCUGCUGGAGUCAAGUCUCUCAACUAAACAAGCAAACAGAGCGCAAACCCUGAGUGAUCCUGUGAGCUUUGUUAAUGUAACAUUUACAAAAAUUAAUGACACAGCGUAUGGUCUUAACUUUGGAUUUGAAAUCAGCAAUGUGUCCAUGUCUCAAAAUGUUCAGUUCAGGAAUGGAACCUACCUGGUAGUUCAAAACUCUAUAAAUGGGCUGCUGAACAAGAUUUUGAGUAAUAACUCGGCUCCUCUGAUUAAUUUCCAACCAGCUGAUUUCACAGGUAAUUCCACAGUAAUUCGGGCCAAUGUGGAGUAUGUUUUCUCAGAACGUGAUGUCACACAGCCCAACAUCUUUGUCCAGCAGCUUCUCCAAAUUAACGCAGAGAGCAGUCUGACAACCACAGCUUCACCUCCUACAACCACAACGCCAUCGACGACUUCACUAGCAACCACGAUCAAAAGUGUGAUUAUUUACAUCCGUCUUGAGUUUAUCACACUGGGUCCAGCACCAAGUGAGAGUGAUGUCCUACAGCUGGUUAAAUCUGUGCUGGCCUCAAAUCUUACAACUACCUCUAGGGUAGCAACAACUGUGAGGGACCCUGUAAUAUUGGACAAUGUCGUCUAUACAAAAAUCAAUGACACCGCAUAUGCACUCCUCUUCAAAUUUAAAAUCAGUCAAGUGCCUGUGACAGAGACACAAACAGCUGUGGCCUAUAAAGAAAUACAAGACAAGAUCAAUGCACUUAUGACGCAGAUCCUAAAGAGCCCCUCUUCGUUUGUGCUAGUUCCAGCCACUUUCACGGAUGUUUUUCCUACGGUGAUUGAGGCCAAUGUUACAUAUUUGUUCACACCACAAGACAGCAAUGGCUCUGCGGGUGUUUUAGUCAGCAGUCUUUACUUACCUUUCCCCACACCAACUCCAACCCUCUUUAACACUACAGUCGCAGGCAACAGCACAAAUGCAGCAUGGGUUGUGGCUAUCAUUGUACCCUGCGCUAUUGUCAUUAUGCUUGUACCUUGUUGGAUUCUCCUUUGCUGUUUGCUGUGUGGUUGCUGUGCAGCAAUCAGAAGACGCUGGCACAGGAGACGGUCUUACAAUGUACAGUACACCACUCGAAACAGCCUCUUCUAAAGAGUUCAGAGAUAUUUAAUGACUAAAACCGGACUGAACAACUAUCAGAAAUCAUAAUUUAAUCUUUGGAUUUUGGGUAUUCAUUGUGUGAUAUUUUUUUUGUUGCUUUUAUGAAUGUACUUUUAUGAAUUAUUUAAUUUAUUUUGCCUGUAUUAUUAGGCAGACAGGAUCUGCAUAAAAUGUUCCUAAAUGUGAUGUUUUCAUACUUUCUCUGUAGUGUAUUAUGAAAUUGUGUUGUUAUUUAUUUUUAUUUAUUUAUAAUAAUCUGCAGAGUUUACAGUUAAUGAUUUUAAUAUACUUCAUAUGACAAAACACCUUUAAUAGGGAGAAGGGUAGAAUAUUUUUAAAUGAAAUAUUUAUUUAUUCAUACUCCAUGCACUUUAUAGAUGUAAUACAAAUGUUGUUUUAAUCUGUGAAAAAUGUAAUAAAACAAAUUAAUAAUUAAAUCAA